AUGGCAGAAGAGUAUAGUUUGUUCUCGCGGCGUGACCCACACGGAAAAAUCGCUGGAGAUAAAGGUGCAGAGGGAAUGUUGGGUAAAGAAUUGGCAGUCAAGAAGUCCAUUGAUACGCUACUCAGAGCAGCUGCCACGUCGUCGGUAGACGAGUCGAGUGGCGAGUUUCAAAACGCAAGAGAAGCUUUUGGCGCGACAACGACAGCUGCUUUUUUUCAAAUUUUACUUCCACCCAACGCUCACGUUCAGGAGCCGACCCCGACCACAUCCACUUCCACAAGCUCAGGGAAAAUAACAGAUGAUGAAGGUGAACAAGAGAGGGAAGGUGAAGACCGAGAGGGCACUCAGCUGUUCCAUUCCUCUGCGCUGGCGAAUGAGCAUGUUUUGGUGGGAUUGGCAAAAUCUCAGAUUUUCUUUGGGCAACGACCGGAAAAGCAGAUUACACCAUUCUUUUUCGCGUUGGAGUCGCUAUAUCGCACAGUCCGCGACUCCUACAGCGAGCAGACGGAAACUUUUCAGAUUAACUUCAGUGGGUACAACCACAACCUACUUGCUCAAAAUGAAGGUCAAGCGUCGAAGGUGUUGCCUCCAUGCGCGACACUGUGGGCACUGCCCGCAGAGGACAGCAACAUGAACAUAAAAGGCAAAAGCGAAAUGAAUACGAGCUCUAGGUCUACUAGCCAUGCACACGUCACGCGCGGAGGCAAAGAGACUUAUCUUCUGGCAAAUAGACGCCUUCUGAUUCCUUUUGUCGCAAAAGCCAAGGAGUUAUUUGACGAUCUGCAAAGUCGUGAACUGCUGUCAACCUGGACUUUGCGUGGUGGAUCCUUACUUAGCAGUCUACGCUACGGCGAUUGGUGGCAUGCUUUUGAGGUAAGGCAACAAGGAGGUCCUC